AUAUCUUGAAAGAUAUAACAAAUUCAAACUAUAAUGAUGAGUCAUUACAACUUUUUAGCAAAUAUAAAACUAUCUUACAAAGUGAAUUGGAAAUUGUUCAUGAACAAGAAAAAUCUGAUAAUAUUAAAUAA